GAGCUCGUGAGAGUGCAAGUGCUUCCCGCGCGCCUGAUAUAGUGAGAGUGCUUAUUUAAUUUACAUAAAUUAUUUUCUACCGGUGGAAAUAUAUUAUUUUUUUUAUACGGAGCCAUCGAUUUGGUUGUUAUUUUUAUUAUUUUUGUUAUUGAUAUUGUUUAAGUAUAAAUACUGUGCUAUUGAUGUUAAAUUGUUAAAAUGAAGAUCUUAGUGUUGACAAUUGUCAUUUUCGCCUUUAAUGGUUAUGUAACGAGAGCCACAUCACUGGACCCUCUUGAAAACGUAGAAAUUGAUGAGACGAAAACCGAUAGAGAUGAUUCGAGAACUAAGAGAUCUGGAAACAUAUUUUCGUCACUAUUGAAGAAAAAAUUAGGAUUACUCGGCUCAUUAUCCGGUACGUCAUCGGGUAAAUCUAUUGGUCAUUCGGAAAACUUUCCAGAACAUUUCGAAGAACCAUUGUCUUACCACACAAAAUCGUUCAAUUUGUGGGGCAUUAAAAAAGCGAUCAUGUCUUCGGUGUUUCAAGCUGCUAAAGCGAUAACGGGUGGAGUAAUUGCUCUCAAAGGACAAUUGAUCAAAGCUAAAGGGCAUGUGGUCGUGGCCAAAGGUAAGCUGAUGCAGACCAAAGGUGAAGCGAUUUCAAACUUUGGUAAAACCAUUGCAACACAUGCAUUCGACGUCCAUCAAGAACCACAGCUGGACAUACAUUCCAGUGUGGGCUUAUACAACCAUCUACCUGUAGCGCCAAUACAUCAACCAACUAGUUACGGAACUGCUACUGCUUUUGGGUAUCAAGGACAAGUGUACCCGAGCAACGGAUAUCAGAGUAAUGCGUACUCCAGCAACGCGUACCAAGUUGCGGCCCCUAGUUACCAAACAGGAUUUGGGGUGCCACAAACAGGAUACGACGGUGGCGUGGCCUACAACGGAUAUGGCGGUAAUGGCUAUACGGCAAAAAGAGCUGCAGUGCAGAAUGCACAGGAGUCCACUGUCAAUCAAGUGCAAAAUGCAUUCGACAAGGAUUCGGUUCACGCAGGAUUGUUGAUCUUCAAACCAAUCAAAAUGCCUGUGCAGAACGUACCGACGGGCAAUAAUCUGGCGUCGUCUCAGGGCACGGUUAGCUCGCAACAGGUGAUCGGUCAACGACCGUCGCAACAACUGGGCGGUGGAUUCAAUCCUACAGAUCUUAAGACGCCGCAGCAAGGUUACGGAUUCCAAAAACAGUUUCCCGCCGGAUUCCAAGCAAACGCGCAAUCUGAAGAAUAUUCGCAGUACUUGAACCCUGGUUACCAAGCACAGAACUUUGGUUACCAGGCACCCAACCUAGGUUACCAAUUGAACAGCGGCAGUGCCGAACAGAUCGCAGGUCAAAGUUACAGCAACGGACUGCAGAACUUCGACUUCCAACAGCCGGCCAACAGUCAAGAGCUGGGCCAACAGUUGGCCGCAAUCUCUGGCCAACAGCUGCAGCAGCCGUCCUUUACGCAGGAGGGUUACAGCGGUGAACAACGUGACUUGGUUUCGGGCGCGGAUGAGCGAGUAGCGCAGCCGUCGUACAAACGCGCUAGUCUGGUUGUCAGUCCCAAGCGAAGUGUACCGGGAUCGACAUUAUCCGAACGACUCGCCAUUGCAGCAGGACAAUCGAAAUCGACGGUCUCCGCGGGCUACGACGACGGCGAUGACGCAAAAACGAAAAAACGAAGCGCACCGUUGCCGCCGUCCCACGAAGACGUAAUCGUGCCGUUGAAGUACCACAACGAGUCGACGGCUGAGGAUCAAGCCAGAUUGAAGCAAACCGUCCAACGUUUCUUCAGCAUGCUACAAAAACAACGCUGAGUGUAUCUACUUAUGGACUUAAAAGUAAUCUAUGGAAUCAGAAUAAUUGUGAGAAAAACCAUUCACACAAAUCAAACAUAGUCGGAAUCAUCUACAAACGACUAUGUUUACAUAGCUAGUCACUUUUAUGAUGUAUUAUUUUGUAUGCAUGUGCAACCCAUUGUUUUAUAUAAUUUUUUUAUUACUUGAUUUUAUUCUUACGUUUUUAUUGAAACAUAUCAGUUGCUCAAAUUCAAAUAAGAUGGAACAUAUUUGAUUAAAAAAGGUUUGCGAAGAAGUAUUUAAAAUUAUCAUAACAAUUAUUUAUUAAUAAUAAAUCGUGUUUUGUUUUUUUGAAACCAAGAAAAGCAAA